AUGCAGCUGAAUUCCAGUGGCCUGCAGGCCCUCGUGGCAGGGGCAGGGAAAGGGAUCGGGAGAGACACGAAGGCCCUGCAUGCCCUGGGAGCCAGAGUGAUAGCUGUGAGCCGCACCAACACUGACCUGGUCAGCCUCUCCAAGGAGUGCCCCGGGAUAGAGACUGUGUGUGUGGACCUGGGUGACUGGGAGGCCACAGAGCAGGCACUGGGCAAUGUGGGCCCUGUGGAUCUGCUGGUGAACAAUGUUGCCAUGCUGCUGAAGCAGCCCUUCCUGGAGGCCACCAAAGAGGUCUUCGACAGGACCUUCAGUGUGAACCUGCGCUCCAUGAUCCAGGUAUCCCAGAUUGUGGCCCAGGGCAUGAUCCACCAAGGAGUGCCUGGCUCCACUGUCAGUGUCUCCAGCAUGGUGGACCAUGUCUCCUUUCCCAACCUAGCUGUCUACAGCUGCACCAAAGGCGCAAUGACCAUACUCACCAAAGUCAUGGCCGUAGAGCUGGGGCCAUACAAGAUCCGGGUAAACUCCGUGAACCCCAAGGUGGUGCCGAUGGCCAUGCGCCAGAAAGUCUUGACGGACCCCGAGUUAGCCCGGAAGCUGAAGGAGCGGCACUCGCUGCAGAAGUUUGCAGAGAUGGAGGACGUGGUCAACAGCAUCCUCUUCCGGCUCAGCGACCGCAGCGGCCCCACUAGCGGCUCGGGCAUCCUCGUGGACGCCGGGUACCUGGCCCCCUAG